UAAAAACCAAUUGCACUAAGUACAACCAUUAGAAGCAUCACCUUUGUCUUCCCUACCAUAAGCAGUCAAAUUCAGACUUGUAACAAUUCAAGCUUCUCCUCUUCCUCUGUUUGUGUUCACAAUGCUCUCUCGUUUCAUCUCCAAAUCCUCACAUCUCCGGCUGUUAACCCUAAUUUCUCCCAAAACCCACUUCAUAAACCCUAAACCCAUUUCCCCUAAACCAUAUUUGUUCCCCCAUUUCUUCUCCACGCGUAACAACAACAACAAUAACAACAGUAAUGGCAGAAAUUCGGAUCCUGAUUUCUGGAAACUCUCUUCUGAAACCGAGCAAUCAGUGUUCAACGAAGACUCAGAAAGUGUCGAGGGAAUAGGAAAGGAUGAUGUGUCUUGGGGUAAUGUAGAAGAAGAGAGUGGUGAUGUGUUUAAGGAAGCUGGUCAAGUGAAGGAUGGUGUUGGUGGUGGGGAGGAGAUUUGGGCUACUGCUGAAGGGUAUAAACCUUGGAGUUUUGAUGCGGAAGGGGAAGGAGAACGGGUGUUUGAUAUCGGAGAAGAUGUUAAGGUAGAAAGUGAACUGAUGGGUUCUGAAGAGGAGGCUACAAUACAGAGUGCUGAGGAGAAAAAGCUGCUUGAAUUGGAAGAACAAGUUCUUACUGGGGUUCUUAAAGGCCCUAAUCGUGCAUUUGGGGAUCUAAUAGCGGCAUCUGGAAUCACGGAUGAAAUGAUGGACAGUUUGCUUGCGCUGAAGGACCUGGAUGGCAUUAAAGGACUUCCUCCUUUAAGUGAAAUCGAAGAUAUGCGUUAUGAAAAGAAUACUAGGAAGUCAAGCAGAGCUGACAUAGAGCGCCAAAAACAAGAGGAAGUAGCCAAGGCAAGAGUCAAACAAGUAGAUGAAAAGGGAAGGGCUUAUGGGACUGGAAGGAGGAAGUGUAGUAUAGCCCGUGUUUGGGUUGAACCAGGUGGUGGGAAAUUUAUGGUGAAUGACAAAGAGUUUGACGUAUACUUCCCAAUGCUUGAUCACCGGGCUGUUCUUCUUCGACCUUUUACUGAAACUAAGACAUUGGGCAUGUGGGAUGUGAGAUGUACUGUAAAAGGAGGGGGUGUGUCAGGUCAAGUUGGUGCAAUUCAGCUCGGCAUCAGCAGGGCAUUGCAGAAUUGGGACCCAGAGUUGCGACCUCCCCUCAGAGAAGGUGGCUACUUGACGAGAGACUCAAGAGUUGUGGAGAGGAAAAAACCUGGUAAAGCAAAAGCAAGAAAGAGCUACCAAUGGGUCAAGCGUUGAUCUGUUAUGGUACUAACACUUGGAUAUUGCAGCAAUUUGCAUCCCAAAAGAGUUGGCAUCAAUCACAUAGUUUUCCAUUUGAAGCCAUUGUUUAUUUAUGGCACGAGUAUACAAAAUUUAUUGCCCAGAAUAAUCCGAGUUGCCUGAGCUUUAGCCUUUUAGGAUGCUUGCCUAUUUUGUUGUUAGAGACUUGCUUUCCCCGCCAAAAUUACAUUUUCAAGUUUUGACUGAGGAUAUUCGCUCCUACACUUGAUCAAGAUGUUUGGUCUCACUUUCCUGUCGAGUAGUUGUGUGGUAGUUCGAUAGUACUAAGUUUUUUUCUUCUCUCUGUUUGUGCAAUUAUUGGGUGUUGUCUUGUAUCAAUGAUUCGAUUAUGAAAGGAUACAUGAUCCAAAUGGAUAAAAGUAGCUACUCAUGUCUUUGAUAAGUUAUGUUGAUUCUUUGCUGUUUUUGCAA